AUGGAAAGAAGCGAGAAGAGGUGGGAGUCUCCUCCUUCGUCAUUCAUGGGGCGAGCGGAAUCCGCGGUGGUGCACAGGAUGGUUUUUACCGCCAAAGAAGCAACUCAGUUUUGCUGCCUGAGCAUCCACCAACGAGCAAGAGAACGCAUUUACGGGUGCCGCAAAGAGGAGAGCGGGGAAGCGAAGAUCCGCCUGACCCUCCCCAAGGCGUUCACCUGGGGAGACCCAUUCAGCAACGACCAUUUUGAAGAAGACGUGGAGGACCAAAUGAGCUGCGGAAGCUGCUACUCCAUAGCAACGUUGUACUCUCUUCAUAAAAGAUUUGAAAUUUGGCUUUCAAAAAAAUAUGGGAAGAAAAUCACCAUGCCAAGGCUGUCAUUUCAGUCUAUCCUGAGCUGUUCCCCCUACAACCAGGGAUGUGAUGGAGGGUUCCCUUUUCUCGUUGGCAAGCAACUUUACGAAUUUGGGGUUCCAACGGAAGAAGCCAUGAGGUACGGUAGCAGUGACUCCAUCAAAUGUGAAAUGGACAUGGGUUUUUAUAACAACGUGAGGUUUGCAAAGUACAAAGAGGAGGAUCUUUUCUUUGCAGGGGAAUAUAAUUAUAUUAAUGGGUGUUAUGAAUGCUCCAACGAAUUUGAUAUGAUGAAUGAGCUCUACUCAAAUGGACCCAUCGUAGUGGCAAUCAAUGCCACCGCGAAGUUACUAAGCCUGUAUAACUUAGGGAAACAAAGCGGUGUCUACGAUAGCGCUACACAUGAACAGCAGAUUUGCGAUGUGCCAAAUGAGGGGUUCAACGGAUGGCAGCAGACCAACCAUGCUGUGACCAUUGUUGGUUGGGGGGAGGAACAUGAAGAAGGGAAGGGAGGAAGCCCCGUUAAGUACUGGGUGGUGCGAAACACGUGGGGCAAGGCGUGGGGCUACAAGGGGUACAUCAAGUUCCCGCGGGGCGUCAACCUCGCCGGCAUCGAGACGCAGGCGGUCUUCCUGGACCCCGACCUUUCGCGCGGCGGGGCGGUCAAGAUGAGCGGUCAUGAGGGAGCAGCAGCCGGGGGAGGAGCGGCCGGGGGAGUAGUUGGCGAAGAUGGCGGUGAACGUGGCUCUGCCAUGAUACGGCCCGUCACGCACACCCCACGGGCGCAGCGAGGUAAUGCAUAA